CGCCCCACUGCCACAGCAGCGCCACCUUUCUUCUACAGAACUCGAUCGUCUCCUACACCAGAUCCAGCGCUCUCCUCUACUUGCUCUAUAAGCAGCAUACACCAUGUGUGGCGGCGCGAUCAUCUCCGACUUCAUCCCGGAGCGCGACCACCGCGGCGGGAGCAAGCGGAGCCUCUGCACCGCCGACUUCUGGCCAAAUGCGGCCGGCGCCGGCGCCGCGUUCGACGACCCUACCGGCCACCACGACUUCUACCCAGCCGACCUGACCGGCGCCGGCGCCUUCACGCCUGAGCACCAAGCGGAGGAGGAGCCGAGCAGGAAGCGGGAGCGCAAGACGAUGUACCGCGGCAUCCGGCGGCGGCCGUGGGGCAAGUGGGCGGCGGAGAUCCGCGACCCGGCCAAGGGGGCGCGCGUCUGGCUCGGCACCUUCGCCACCCCCGAGGGCGCCGCGCGCGCCUACGACCGCGCCGCCCGCCGCAUCCGCGGGACCAAGGCCAAGGUCAACUUCCCCAACGAGGACCCGCCCCUCGACCUCGACGACUACGACGUCGCCAACGUGGCCGGCUUCAUCCACCAGCCGUCGUACAUGGCGCCAGAGGUGGCGUACGCGCACCAGCUGCCGCAGCAGGACGAGCCCGGGAUGGAGCUCUGGAACUUUGGCAACAUCAACGCUCAAGUGCCUAUGUGAUAGAUAGAAACUGUUCGUUUCUUCUACAUGUAAUAUUGCUUUUACCUAAUUAUUAUUGUGCUUAUGAUGAAUUAUGAUCUGCUUUUGACGGCCACUGUCAUCGGAUCUUGAUACCAGCCAUCCUCGUGGCCAAUUUAGUGAGAAUCGCCAAAUAUCAUCUAACGAACACUGAAAAGUUA